AUGUCUUCCCGAAAUAUCAGUCGAAAAGCUUCGGACAUCAACAAGCGUAAAAGCACUCCAGUACCAUCCUCUAAUAAAACACCAUCCUCUCCCUCAGGAAUCAAUUGGAAUCGUCAUUCGGUGGUUCUGUCAAAUGCCACAUCCGUUGAACAAUACGGAUCUUCAUCGGAUGAUGAUUUUGAAAGUCUUCAUGAUGAAAGAAAAGAUGACAGUCAUACUGUAAAUGAUAAUAUUCAUUCCUCAACAACUACACAAGCUAUUUCGAGUGGCGCCACUGUGAAAACCAAAGUUGAUGUUGAAAAUUUAUCAAAUCAUAAUUAUGUUACAAAUGAAAUGCCACCUGUCAUUACCACACCACAACCACCUGUCACUUCAUCAAAAUCACCCUCUGCCUCCUCUCCACUGCCUUCGUCACCAUCAUCCGCAGGAAACACGAGAAAUGUUUCUGUUAAAAAUUCUUCUUCACCAUCCUCCUCUUCCACGACGAACCGAAUGUCUUCCAACAACAAACACGAAAACAAUCAAAACUUUUCAAGAAGAAAUAAGGAAGAGGACCAAAUACUUCUCAAUCGACUAAUGAAUGAAUUUGAAUCCGAUGAUUCCGAAGAAGAUGAUUAUAAUCAAGUGAUGAAAUCUAAAAAGAAGAACAAUGAAACAAAUGCUAGGAAUGCAGAAAUUAAGGACGAUCUUCAUGGAUAUUCUUCUGAAGAUUCGCUUCAUGAAAAUGAUGAAGUUGCUCCAUUUAUUUCACCACAAGUACGUCAUGAACAGUCUUCGUUUAAGGAUCCUAGAUCUCUUUCGAAUAGGGAAAUAUUUGAAUCGAUUCAACAACGAAAUUUGAGUUCAAACAAUUGGAAUACUUCGACUCAAGAAGGAUCUAUUUCAUCACAACAAGCAAUUGUGACAACCAAUGAAGCAGAUGAAGACGAUGAUGAUGUGUUGAAUUAUGACACUUACAGAAAAGUGAAUUGGAAAAAUGCAUUGUUGUCACAUUUUUGUUUUAGAUGUGGAACCUUCUUUUUGAGUGGAGCUUUGAUUGGAUUAACCAUUUUCUUGACUCUUUGGUUUGCUAUUUAA